AUGAGUUCGCCAGGCCUUGGGGCACCAACCCACACAGCACACUCACCCCACUCACCCACACGGCCCACUCACCCACACAGCCCAUUCACCCACUCAACCCACUCACCCCACUCACCCUCUCACCCCACUCACCCCACUCACCCACUCAUCCCACUCACCCUCUCACCCCACUCACCCCGCUCACCCCACUCACCCCACUCACCCUCUCACCCCACUCACCCCACUCACCCACUCAUCCCACUCAACCCACCCACCCACUCAUCCCACUCACCCGCUCACCCCACUCACCCCACUCACCCCACUCACCCCACUCACCCCACUCACCCACUCAUCCCACUCACCCCACUCACCCCACUCACCCCACUCACCCACUCAUCCCACUCACCCCACUCACCCACAUCCCACUCACCCCACUCACCCACUCAUCCCACUCACCCCACUCACCCACUCAUCCCACUCACCCCACUCACCCACUCAUCCCACUCACCCCACUCACCCACUCAUCCCACUCACCCCACUCACCCACUCAUCCCACUCACCCCACCCACCCCAAUUACCCACUCACACACCCACUCACCCCACUUUCCCACUCACCCCAAUCACCCCACUCACCCACUCACCCCACUCACUCACCCACCGCACUCACCCACUCACUCACUCACUCACUCACUAACCCCACUCACUCACACACUUAAAGCAGUGAGGCAGCAACUGGGAUCAUUGAGGUGGCAGUGGAGAGGGGAGAGGAAGAGGGGAGUGAGUUGGGUGAGCCUAUCCUUCGUGCUACUGCCUGAAGGAAAGAGGGUGGGAGAGAAGGGGCGAGGGGCAGGGGAGAAGGGAGGAGGGGGUGUUGGGGGGGGUGAGUGA